GUGUGGCCGGCUACCAUCCUCCCGCGAAUCUGUAAGCUCCGUGCGCAGGCGCUGGUCCUGCCCGCGGCCGCCCGGGCGCUGCCCUGGUGCUGCACGUCCAGCCCCGUGAAGAUCAGGAGGGUCACUGUGUCGGGUUAAGUCUUACAUGGCAGCUUCUCGAACGUGAACAUGCACCCAUCCAUCCAGGCCGCAGUUAAAGUGCAGAUUCCGACCCGGAGGCCUGGGUGGGGGUCUUCGUUCCUGCAUUUCUAACAAAUCUAACGAGUUUUCCGGAGGCAGUGGAAGAGAGGUGAGGGUAGUGACCAGGCGAAGCGGGUCCGGAGUCCCUGCAGUUGUCAGGUAGCGAAGAGGGAGGAGUGAAGGUAUAAAAGGCGAGCUUCUAGCCCUGGCCGGUUGGUUGGAGCAUCGUCCCCAUACACCAAGGUUGCAGGUUUGGUCCCGUCAGGGCACGUACAAGAACCAACCAAUGAUGCAUAAAUUAAGUGGAACAACAAAUCGGUGUUUCUCUCUCUCUAAUCAAUAAAUAAUAAGUGAAAUAAAGCCCUGGCUGGUGGCUCAGUAGAUAAGAGGUUCGGCCUAUGCACCAGAGGGUCUCGGGUUCAAUUCCCAGUCAAGGGCAUGGACCUGGGUUGCAGGUUCCAUCCCCGGCCUGGUUGGAGCCCCAUGCAGGAGGCAACCAUCGAUAUUUCUCUCUCACAUCAAUGUUUUUCCUCUCCCCCUCUCCCUUGGGUGAGGAUUAACAAAAACAGUAAGUAAAAUAAAAGGCACUCCUACCACCUAGUAGAGCACCUCACAGAACAGGGGCUCAGAAAGCGCACAGUGGGAGUGCAAGGGUCAGCGUGUCCGGAGCCUGUGGCUGUCCCGUGGUGCUUGGCGAGAGGUGAGGUUGGAGCGAAAGUGACAGGAGGGAGAACUUCAGGUCAGUCUGUUCACCAGUGCGCCCCUGGAGCUGGUCCAGUGCCAGCCUGUCACAGGCUCUGCAGAGCAGUCCUUGUGUUCGGGCAGUCCUUGGGCGGGACUCACCUGGACCUUGGGGAGGACACAGGCUGAGCAGUUGAGAACUGGGUUUGAGAAUGUAAACUCCACGAGGGCAGAGGUGUUUUCUCUUUCGUUUAUUCCUCUCUCCCUGGUGCCUGGCAGGUGCCUGGAACAGCUUCAGUAAGUGCUUGUUAAACACGUGACUGAGCGCAUGAAGGUGCCUCGGGAGGCGGUGGUGGAGAAGCCAGCCCGGGCAGCCGAGCGCGAGGCCCGAGCCCUGCUGGAGAAGAACCGGUCGUAUACGUUGCUGGAAGACAGCGAGGGGAGCAGUGAGGAGAGUGUGGGGAGGGCUGGGAGCCGUCUCCAGAAGAAGCGUAAAAGGCGGAAACACCUGAGGAAGAAACGCCAGGAGGAGGAGGAAGAGGAAGAAGAAGAGGAUUCUGCGAGGGGGAAGAAGACAGGGGGGAGCCGACAGCAGACGGAAAAGCCGGAGUCGGAGGAUGAGUGGGAGCGGACGGAGCGAGAGCGCCUCCAGGACCUGGAGGAGCGCGACGCCUUCGCGGAGCGGGUUCGGCGGCGGGACAAGGAUCGGACUCGCAAUGUCCUGGAGCGGUCGGACAAGAAGGCUUAUGAAGAGGCACAGAAGCGCCUCAAGAUGGCGGAGGAAGACCGGAAGGCCAUGGUCCCUGAGCUGCGGAAGAAGUCGCGCCGAGAGUACCUGGCCAAGCGAGAGCGAGAGAAGCUGGAGGACCUGGAGGCCGAGCUGGCGGAUGAGGAGUUCCUUUUUGGGGACGUGGAGCUGAGCCAGCAUGAGCGGCGAGAGCUCAAAUACAAGCGGCGAGUGCGGGAUCUGGCCCGGGAGUACCGGGCAGCCGGUGAGCAGGAGAAGCUGGAGGCCACCAAUCGCUACCACAUGCCCGAGGAGACCCGAGGACAGCCAGCGCGAGCUGUGGAUCUGGUGGAGGAGGAGUCCGGUGCCCCCGGGGAGGAGCAGCGGCGCUGGGAGGAGGCCCGGCUGGGGGCCGCCGCCCUGAAAUUUGGGGCCCGAGAUGCUGCCUCCCAGGAGCCCAAGUACCAGCUGGUACUGGAGGAAGAGGAGACCAUCGAGUUUGUCCGGGCCACUCAGCUGCAGGGCGAUGAGGAGCCGGCAGCUCCGCCCUCUCCCACCCAGGCCCAGCAGCAGGAGUGCAUCCAGGCCGUGCGCCGCAGCCUCCCCGUGUUCCCUUUCCGCGAGGAGCUCCUGGCUGCCAUUGCGAGUCACCAGGUCCUCAUCAUCGAGGGCGAGACAGGCUCGGGGAAGACCACCCAGAUCCCGCAGUAUCUCUUUGAGGAGGGUUAUACAAAGAAGGGUCUGAAGAUCGCCUGCACCCAGCCCAGGAGAGUGGCCGCCAUGAGUGUGGCCGCCCGAGUCGCUCGGGAGAUGGGCGUGAAGCUGGGGAAUGAGGUGGGCUACAGCAUCCGCUUUGAGGACUGCACGUCGGAGCGGACAGUCCUGCGCUACAUGACUGACGGCAUGCUGCUCCGCGAGUUCCUCUCGGAGCCCGACUUGGCGAGCUACAGCGUGGUGAUGGUGGAUGAGGCUCACGAGCGGACCUUGCACACGGACAUUCUCUUUGGACUGAUCAAAGAUGUGGCUCGCUUCCGACCCGAGCUCAAGGUCCUGGUGGCUUCGGCCACACUGGACACUGCCCGCUUUUCCACCUUCUUUGAUGACGCCCCCGUCUUCCGGAUCCCUGGACGCCGGUUUCCAGUUGACAUCUUCUAUACCAAGGCUCCGGAGGCCGACUACCUGGAAGCCUGUGUCGUGUCUGUGCUGCAGAUCCAUGUGACGCAGCCCCCCGGGGACGUCCUGGUGUUCCUGACGGGACAGGAGGAGAUCGAGGCUGCCUGCGAGAUGCUCCAGGACCGCUGCCGUCGCCUGGGCUCCAAGAUCCGGGAGCUGCUGGUGCUGCCCAUCUACGCCAACCUGCCCUCCGACAUGCAGGCCCGCAUCUUCCAGCCCACGCCCCCCGGGGCACGCAAGGUGGUUGUGGCAACCAACAUCGCCGAGACUUCACUCACCAUCGAGGGCAUCAUUUACGUGCUGGAUCCAGGGUUCUGUAAGCAGAAGAGCUACAACCCUCGCACGGGCAUGGAGUCACUCACGGUCACACCCUGCAGCAAGGCCUCAGCCAAUCAGCGAGCGGGCCGGGCUGGCCGGGUGGCGGCUGGGAAGUGCUUCCGCCUGUACACCGCCUGGGCCUAUCAGCACGAGCUGGAGGAAACCACGGUGCCCGAGAUCCAGAGGACCAGCCUGGGCAACGUGGUGUUGUUGCUCAAGAGCCUAGGGAUCCAUGACCUCAUGCACUUUGACUUCCUGGACCCUCCCCCAUAUGAGACCCUGCUGCUGGCGUUGGAGCAGCUGUAUGCUCUGGGAGCCCUCAACCACCUUGGGGAGCUCACCACGUCUGGUAGGAAGAUGGCAGAGCUGCCAGUGGACCCCAUGCUAUCUAAAAUGAUCCUGGCUUCUGAGAAGUACAGCUGCUCAGAGGAGAUCCUGACAGUGGCUGCCAUGCUGUCCGUCAACAACUCCAUCUUCUACCGGCCCAAGGACAAAGUCGUGCAUGCGGACAACGCCCGCGUCAACUUCUUCCUCCCUGGGGGGGACCACCUGGUUCUGCUAAACGUGUACACGCAGUGGGCUGAGAGUGGUUACUCUUCCCAGUGGUGCUAUGAGAACUUUGUCCAGUUCAGAUCGAUGCGCCGAGCCCGGGAUGUGCGAGAGCAGCUGGAGGGGCUCUUGGAGCGGGUGGAAGUUGGCCUCAGUUCCUGCCAGGGGGACUAUAUCCGUGUCCGCAAGGCCGUCACUGCCGGUUACUUUUACCACACAGCACGGCUGACUCGCAGCGGCUACCGCACAGUGAAACAGCAGCAGACAGUGUUCAUUCACCCCAACUCCUCCCUCUUUGAGGAACAGCCCCGCUGGCUGCUCUACCAUGAACUGGUUUUGACCACCAAGGAGUUCAUGCGACAGGUAUUGGAGAUUGAGAGCAGCUGGCUUCUGGAGGUGGCACCUCACUAUUAUAAAGCCAAGGAGCUAGAAGAUCCCCAUGCCAAGAAAAUGCCCAAAAAAACAGGCAAGACACGUGAAGAGCUAGGGUAAAGAAAGAAAACGUAAACAACACGACAUCAGCCCCAUCUUCUCCACGUUAUUUAUAUCCAUUAAUAAAGUAGUUUUGGAAUAAA